UCAUCACCGGAACUGUGCAGCUCGUGCAUCAGCCGUGAUACCGUCUGCCAUCCUGUCUCCUCCGAAAACCGACACCAAGGACACCACCAACGGCCAUCAUCCGCGGCGGGGCUACGAGGGAAAAAUGACAUGGAGCCUGCUAUCGCACAACAGAGUGGUUUGCUUAAGUGUUUGCGUCAGCAUGGAGCCUACUGGCAUGAAGCACUGGAGCCAAGGAUCUACCCAGGAGACAUGAAUGAUUUUGGUGUCCAUGUUCUCAUCACACCAACAGGAUAAUCUACUGAAGACAUGUUAUUUCAAGAUGAAGAUUGAUACCAGCCUGACUAUGCUCCAGCUCCCAGAGGCCCUGUCCCAGGCAGGCCUUCAGUUUUCUGUGGCCACUGAGGAGGACUUCGAUGAGAUCAUGGCUAUGAGCCAGAACAUCUACGGAGGCCUUGACUACCUGCCCACUAGAUACACCAGCUGGCUGCAGGAGACCAACCGCACAGUCAUAUUGGCCCGCAAACAGGGAAAAGUGAUUGCUCUGGAGUCAGUGUGUGUGAUUGACGAUGGGGAGACUAUGCUGGUGGAAGGUCUACGUGUCGCCCCUCAGGAAAGGGGCAAGGGCGUGGCAGGAGUUCUGCUGCGCUUUUGCUCCGAGCUGGUCAAAUCCAAGUUCACUGAGGUCAAAGUAACCCGCUUGACCCGUGAUGAUCAGCUUGGACCCAAGGAUUUCCAGAAAUACCGCCUCAUAACCAAGCAGGGUAUUCUGCUGGUGCGCUUCAGAGCUGAAGAACUCAAGCUCCGUCUGUCUGACCUUGGUCUGGGGGGAGACAUUCAAUCCUCUUUGUCCACAUCCUCCUCCAAACCUCCUCUGGUGCGUCUCGACCAUACAGCUAUCCACCGGCUGUUUCUGACCAAUGACCUGAUGCAGGGGGUCCUUCCUAAUGCCAACAUCAUUCAAGACUGGCAGCCAUUCAAGCUUUUGCCCAGUAACAUGUCCAUCCUACUGAAGAAGGACAUCGACUGGAUGGUGGAUGAUGUAUCUAACCCUACUGUGGCCAGCCUCUGUACCUUCCCUUUCAGGGUGCCCAUUGGAGAUGACUGGUAUUACCUGAACAUUGACAUGUUCGGUAAAGACCUGGACCUGGCCCGGCAGCAGUUCUUGUGCCACCUACAGUGCCACACUGCCACCCUGAAGGGUCACGUGAUGUGCCAGAUGUUCCUGGACCCAACACUCUGGAAGCCCAUGGCCGAAUUCUGUUGCAACACCUUGAACGUGGAGCUGGUGAAGGAGUACACCGAGCAAUGCGUGGUUGAGUCAGAUGUUAUCUAGUUACAGAAGGUGGCUGGAAAGGAGGAGAAGAUGAUGGAGCCAGAAAGGAAUAAGGACAAGGGUUUACACAACAAGGAACGGACACAACUCAAUUACACUUACCAGAAAAACACGACGCUCUGUACUGAGGAGAUAAAAACCAAGCAAACAAAAUGUAGUCUCUACAAAACAAAACAACUUUUUGAAGUUAGUUACAUUUAACAAUACCCCCAAAAAUACAGGGAGUGGACAUAUUAUUGCAAACACAUCAUGUAUUCAGACACAAUAAGUGUGUCACAAAUGCAUUUGUAAAGAUUAUAAUAUGCACUUGGUGUCCAAGGUGUUGAUACAACUUUACAAUCAUUUUAAGUACCUAUUUUUAAGGCCAUAUAGUUUUGAGGUUUGGUUAAUAUUUUGUGCCUCCAAUGUACAUAAGGGGGGGGGGACGACGACGACGACUAAAUAGCAUUAACACCCUUUAAUAGAGGUCUUCCCGGGGUAAAAAUAACCCAUAACCAAACUCAAAGUUUAUACAUUUCCUUUUUUCUAUUUAAAAUCGAUCCCAUGUGAAAGGGGUUCCAAGAGCAGUCAGACCCAAUUUGUAUUGACUGAGGAUAAUUGGGUCAGCGUUAUAGUGUUUAAAAUUGGUCAGCGGUGCUAAUUUGUGCAGAUUUUUGUGCUUUUUUGGUCCAAAAACAUCGCUAUAAUAAAUGCCGAUGUGACUGGCAUCUAAUGCAGUCCAAAGCAACAACACUACAAACUACACCCUUAAAACUCACUAUAGAGUUGAAUCAUCACCUUGUUAGUUUAUCUUGCGUUUCAUUACUAUGAUUACAGGGGUUUUUGUUAUUAUGUCCACCCUCUGUAUGUCGUAUGGCAUGGGAAGGUGUAAUAAGAGUGAUUAGCUUGGGGAGGCUUUCUCACACCGGUAGCAGUGAUGUACCCUGAAACCUAAAAACAGUCAACAUGCAAAUUCUAUUCUCUAAAGAAAAAAAGGAAGUACCCUUAGGGCAUCUCAAACCUUUCAUCUCUGUUCUUUCUGUAAAUAUGAACCUUCUAAAUAUGUACACAGGCUGAGUUGGGUUACUAAAUCUGCACAACUCUGAAGGCACUUUAUUAAAACUACACAGACAGGUUGUGUCUACGUUAGAAUGAAAAGGAAUAGUUCAGGAUCAAAUAGGGGUAAUUUAUAGAUCCCAUCACCGUAAUGUUGAUAGGUGCAUCUAUUAACUAGCAUAACCUUAGGAACAUCAACAACAAAUCUCUGCAGAAACAACAAACAAAGCCUGUUAUUGAAAUGAACAUGCUCAGUCACAAAAUGGCUGACAAUUUAUCCUUCGUUAUGGUCAAGCUUAUGUCUUAGCUUUUGUCUUUUUAUUGUUUUAAAUCUUUUACUGUAUAUAUUUAUGUUACUAAUUUAAUAUUUUCACUUAAAUGCUGCAAUAAAUUUUUAACAGAAAUUAAUAACUUCUGAAGCUGUAAGUGAAGUUUAGGCUUAGGCUACUUUUAUAGAUUGCUAGCAUAAUGCCAAACAAAAUGCUAACGCUUAAAGAUGUUUAACAGACUACUGUGCAGUUUACUACUGGCUUCAGCUAACGCAGGGAUGAGGUGUAGAAUGGAAAAAACUGUUACAAUUAACAGAAAUACUGUAUACUGAUAUGUUUUAACCAUCACUAAUAUUAGCUGGCAAAUGCCUUUUGAAAAAUAGUGUCCCCUGUGACUACACGCCUACAAGACCAGUGUUAAGAGAAGCUUUGACAAUGUUAGAGCAAACAAAUCUCUAAUUUAUGGUCCUGACCUGAACAGAAUAUUGUGGAUUAUACCAUGGCAGAGGAGAGUACUCAUUUCUGCACAACAGGCACGUGUCUUUUAAAAUGCUAACUGCAUGGCUGUGUUGGUUGAUACUGUAUUGUUGGUCCACCAUUUUUCCCCCAGACUGAAAUAUCUUGACAACUAGGCCUAUCACUAGAUGGAUUGUCAUUAAAUGUGGUACAGAUGUUCCCCAGAGGAUGAUUCCUCGUGACUCUGAUAAUCCCUUGACUUUUCAAAAAGCUAGUUUUAACGUAUCCAGUGAAAUAUCGCAACAUCUGACACAGUUUGGCCUACAAUUUAGUCCAAAAUUUAAUACACACAUUCAUGUUUCCCUCAGGAUUAAUUGACAUAACUUUGGUGAGCCAAUAACUUUUCAUCUAUCGCCAUCAUCAGAUCAACAUUUCCAUUUGUCCAACACUUUAGUUUAUGUCAUUCCAAUCGGCCUCAGCUAUUAUUUUUAUUGAUUAUCAAAUGCUAAUUUAGCAAGCUAACAUGCUAAACUAAGAUGGCAAAGACAUUAUACCUGCUAAAAAUUGUCAUGUUAACUGUCAAUGUGAGCAUGUUAGCAUGCUAACGUUAGCAUUUAGAUAAAAUCAUCGCUGUGCCUAAGUGCAGCCUCGCAAAGCUGCUAGCAUGGCUGUAGACUUGUUUUUUUGGUAAGUGGCCAUGGUUUAAACACAAUACCAGUGUGUCGCCAUAUAGCAAAUAAUGCACUUGGUGGAGGACACAACACUCUGCUUCACAUUCUUUGGCCUCCACCUAUAUGUAGUCCAUUACCACCUACAUUGUUAACCUCUACUAGAGGCAUCAUAGCAGGCCUUUAAAUGUUUUUAACACAACAAGUUUUCUCUAGUGAUUAAUUGCCCCUGUGGCAUUAAAAUUACAUGAUGGAUGAGCAUCCAUAGUGCAGCGCUCACACUCGUAACACUCUCUAAAUCUCCCUUAAAAUGCCCAUAUAGAGGGUGUGACACCGGACAUUACUCUGAGCCAGACAGAAAAAUCUUGUUUGAAAAAGAUCUCCGUUUGUAUAGAACUAUUUUAUUUCCCUGUUGCCUUGACCAGCUUUUAUCAUGACUUUGACCCCCCUUCUUCUUCUUCUGGUAUGCAAUUUUCUAGUUGUGAGAAUAACUGGGCCUGUUUUCUGAAGAAAGAUAAAUGAUAAGUCAAAUCCUUAAAAGGUUUUAAAAGAAGGAACAAAAUUAUUAAAUGGACAUCCUUAAAAAAUAUUUUAGCAAGGAUCUAUUAGAGUGGCCAUGAUCUUCAACAUUUACCAGGGAGCAUAACAAAAUAGGAGGAGAACUAUCUUUUUACCCUAUUGUUUGUAACCAAAGAAAGUCACCACUCAUCUAAGUCACCGAUGCCCUAACAUUUGCUGCCAGGAGUGAAGUGAAGAUAUGGAAGAAUUAGAAGGCCAUGGGUGUGAUUAUUUUUACAAUUAGUUUUUUUGUGAUCACAGAAUAUUUUUUGUAAUCUAUUUAUAAAAACAUGUCUGUUUUAUUGUGAUCUUGGCAUAACAUAACCCAAACUGUGUUCUCAUGAUUCGGAUUUGGUUAAUCUUGGGCUCCACGAUGAGAUAAUAAACCAUCUUAUCAUUAUAGCUGAUUUUGUGUUUUGUAGCUCAUAUUUUGGAGUUCCCAAAGAAGUUUACUACCCAAAUUACUCCUAAUAUAUCCCUUGAAUAUCCCUAUAAUAUUCAAACAAGUUUUAUGGUGUGCCCUCUGUUGUGGAUAAGUAGACUAGUUUCAUUUCCUCCUAUAAUAGUCCUAACAAUAUUACUAGUGCUAGAUAUAGUUUUCCAGUGGUAGGAAAUAGUUGGUUUACAGUAUAGUUAGUGUAUGAGUGUGUGAGCUAAUCAUUCCCAUUUAUCCAUCCUGGUCGCAGUGGCAGCAGGCUAAGCAAGGUAGCCCAUACAUACUUCUCAUUAGCCACAUCCCUCAGCUAGUCCUGUGAUCCCAAGGCAUUCCCCGAUUUCAUGGCCUUUGUAUUCCCAUCAGCAUGUUCUUUGUCUACCCUGUAGUCUCCUCCCAGUUGGACAUGCCUUGAUACCCUCUGAAGGAAGGUGUUAACGAGGCAUCCUCAUCAGAUGCCUGAACCACCACAACUGACUCCUUUUGAGGUGAAGGAGCAGUGGCUCUUCUUAUAUACAGUAGAUGUUUGAAUCGGCAAGCACAUUAUUUUGGUCAUUGGAAAUCAUUGGGUAGGAAGAAGAUUGACCGGUCAAUGAAGAGCUUUACCUCAACCAUGACAGAUCUAUUUGUCUGUCGAUCUUGUGUUCUUAUUUCCACUUGUGGACACAUAACCAAGACAAGAUAACUCCUUGACUUAGGGCAGUAACUCUCUCUAAACCCAUAGUAACCAAUGACCAUCAUGACAGUAGGUGAAAGCCGGAAGGUACAUCAACCGGUAAAUCCAGUGCUUGGCUCAGGUCCUUCUUCAGUUUGGGACCUGAAAGUUUGGUAAAUCCAUUUUUACCCUCACUUGUAAACAAGACCCCAAGAUACUUGAUACUCAGGUUUCUUGUUGGCAGUUUAUCACUCCCAACUCUAAAUGAUCAUGAGAAGUCAGUUUGGUAGCUUUUGUUUAUUUUGUUAUCACAUACAAACAAAGCUUGGUUAUUUUGGUAAUUGUUUUGUGAUUUCAAGAAAAUAACUUUGAAAAAACCAACAAUCAUCUUAACCCAUGUCCUCUACUGCCUUCUGUGCUUGUGUAUGAAGAUGAUGUCUAGGAAGAUGACGAUUUAAAAAGCCUUUAUGAAGGCAGUGAUGAAGAAAUGUACAUAUGCAGCCCUUCUCCAUCCCCAAACACACACACACACACACACACACACACACACACACACACACACACACACACACACACACACACACACACACACACACACACACACACACACAACCAUAUAUUUAGUAUAGUAAACUCCAACCAGCUGAGUACUUUUUGAAACAAACUCUGUACAAUUAGCUAGAUGUUUUCCUCACAAUCAAAUACACCCUCUGUUAAGUUUUACAUAACUCUAACCGUAACAUAGCAAGUAGGAGUAUCCUUCGACAGAUUAUUAUAAAUAUACUCAUUAAUUUAUUUUUUGUUGUCUUGUCAUAAUAAUAUGUAAUACAUGUAAAUACUGUACGUUUUGCUGGAAAGCCACUGGAGCUUGUGAGAUGCCAGAAUGAAGACUUAAUGUUAACACUUGAAUGGCCAAAAAGCUUUUGACAGCCUCAUUUGUAGGAAACAAGCAGUGGCCAGUUGUCUCAGAACCUGUCGACCCAUCACGGAUCAUCUCACUUUAAAAAAAAAUAAAAUAAAACAUUCUAUUUUCAAUGUUCACUUAAUGUGCCCUGCUGCCACUUCACUUUCAGCACCAUUUCAGCAUGCUCUGCUUUCUUGAGUCCUGAUAUUAUCAUCUUCACAGAUGGGGUAGGGGGCAUUUUUUAUAGGCUUUCUUCCCCAUCUACAAAUCAACAAUCCCUUGUAAAAACGUUCUUCUAUUUAAAGGCCUUAGUAUGCUUCAAAGGAAGUAGGUUGUAUGAGAGAAGUGUUUGUACCGGUUAUGACUGUCCACAUUGGAAGGCGUGGCCAAAAUGCCUCCCAUCAUAGCGUCUCUUUUCAAUAAUUCUGUCUUUUGCAAGUCUUUGUAGUCGGGGUGUAAUACAAUUGUAUACAUAGAGAUAACGUUUCACAUGCCCCGUGAACCCACCAUGAGAAAAGGGGCUUCUAGACACUUUGAAUAUAACUUUCUUUAAAGCAUACUGAGGCCUUACACUUCAGUUUUGUAAUCAUUGAAGUUGUUUUGUGUACCAGCAAACUUUUUACCCCUUGAGUUGCUAGGGUCAUGACAAUGUCAAUAAAUUGGCCCGGUCAAUUUCAAUCAAUUUGUGCUGGCAAUUUGAGUUUUGUCAUGUUCUGAAUUUUUUAUACUCCAAGGUGUUUUGCUACGAUGCAAAAAAAAAAGGAAGAUUGCAUAGCUCCAAUGUUGAUGAUUCUUUUCUACUUUUACAGUACUUCCAUAAAGUUGACUCAGUCAUCAUCACAUGUGAAAGAAAGCAUCUUUUGGAUGCUUUUAUUAUGGCUUAUUAAGAGCAUUUUGACAUUCCAAACAAUUUGACAUUAGCAUGCGAAUGAAUCUGGCAGAAGCAAACCGUUUUGUUUCUGUGUUUCUUUGCCUUGUUGAUGAUCUAAAUUGGUCAUUACAUCUUCAAGUCCUCAAUGUACAUGCCUACAUAGACAUAGACAUACACAGAGCCAAAGGUGAAGAGGCUCCUACAAACGUCUGAGGUCUUAAGCUUCACAUAUUGAAACAAGUUUCUGCCACUGAGUUCUGCAGAUUGAGAUCAAUCCAACAAUUGUGGUUUGAUGAAUUUCAGUGAUAGACAUUGUAAAUGUGAUCCAAAACACUUCUACAUUCAACGAGAUCAUUCAACUCAAGGCUUAAGAGUUUCCUACAGUACUGUACUAACUAAAUUCUCUGAACUCUGAUGCACUUCUGCUUGGCUCCCAGAUUUUGAUGUGAAAUUUGCAGUGUGGUUUUGUAUGACACAUAGCCCCACAGAAAACCAUUUUCAGUACGACUUUCACACAAGUGAUGCUUGUUAAUAAAUCAUUUAUUAAUAUAGAUUAGUUAAAAAAAAGCUGUUAACAUGGGCAUUUCUUUUGUUUUUGCAUGCUAGCUAAACAAAGGCCAACAUAGGUCUUGGAUUAACUCUUUUUAAUACCAUUUAUUUUCUUUUUUUAAGUUAUUGUUUGUAAAGGGUUUAUGCAUUGUAACUAAUAGCUUUAUUAAUGUUAAUAAUAUUUCAAUAUUUUAUUUAUGCAUUAUGGUUCAGUAAUAUGGACAACAUUUGGGCUGCAAGAUUGUGAAAAACCCAUAUGGUGUAUAGUAUAUCAUCUUCCAGCAUAAUACAUUUUGUGUUUUGAAAUAUCUCUUCAGCACUCUGACUACGUAUCUUCUGGUUAUUAGAAAGUGAGGGCUGGAAAACACUUAUCUGGGAUUUGGUUGUUGUUUCUUUUCGACAUGUACAGAUUUUGGGUACAUUAAUGUGUUUUACCUUUCCUUUUCGAAGGCGGUGGUGCUCUUCUCUGCGUAGAUCUGCAGAGAUAUAUGUCCUUAUUUGCCACCACUGUUAACCACCACUGUUAAGGUUUGUCAAUAGAAUUUUGGUUUAAAGAAACAAACAGUAUUGAUAGGAUAUGGGAAAUAAACACCAAUCCAGGUUUAAUUUUUUUUUAGCUGCCAUUGCUUUCAUAGACAAGUCAUAAUUUACUUGGUGAAUUGACAUCCUCUCCAGGUAAAUAUUGUAUUUAGGCAUUUGAACAAACAAUUUAUGCUGUCUUUAAUGAAUUUUUCCCAACCUGAUAAUCCAAAGGUCCUUUGUACAAAUGGUUUAUUGCUGCUUUAUAAAGCAUAUAUAAAUGAUGUAUUACCCAUUAGGUCAUUAGUGACACCAAAAUUGGUUAAAUGGGUUAAAAAAAUUCAAAGAUUGGUUAUAGAGCCCACUAGCGCCCCAAAAUCCCAUUAAUCAGGGAACGUAUCUUUUGUCAUGAAGUCUCAGAUGUGUUUCCAGUUUUCCAGAGUGCUGGAUGCCUAUGCUUACUUCUAAUAUAGCACACACAUAUACAAUAUGUUCAGUAGAUACACUGGAUUUUAUGCAUAACAUUUCUUCACUGGAUGUGGAUGCAUUGUGUGCUUGAGGGAAGCUCAAAGAAGUGCCAAAUUUCAUGACCGCUAAACUUCCAUGUUUGUCAAUUAGCCUACGAAAAUUUAAGAAAAAGCAGCAAAUUUAUAGAAUUUUGGGUUUUGUUGGGUUAAAUAUUUGUCUUUUUACGUAAUACCAUAGCACACAAACGAAAGUCAAAGGUGAUCUCGUCAGUGGUUGAAUGUGACGCUGAAUUGAAUUAUUGAAAUUAUUAUUUUUUUGUUACUUUUAGCACUUUGUUUGAAAAAUGUGAUGCUUGUAUACUUUGUAUACAAGUGAAUAAAAUGCUAACACAUUGUGCUGCAAACCCUAUAAGUAUUAUAGGGUUAAAUGUUAUAUUAUUGUAUGUUUUAUGACUUACUGUACAAGCCAUUGAGUUAGUGGGUAAAGCAGCAUGCACUUUAGUUGUCUUUGGCAAUAAUAGAUAAGCUCCCUUCUCCUGUAAAGUAGCAUCGACUUCAGUGAAAAACACAUGUUCUUGUCGAACAUCUUGAUGUCCGGAAACAAUCAUCCAGUGUCUCUGUCGGUUUGACAAUGUUUCUCCAAAGCUGAACCAUUUGACAAAUGACAUGUAGAGCAGUUUGUACAUUAGUAUACAGUGGCAUUGAAAAUAAGACUAUAUUUUAACAACUAUAAGAUUAACACAAUAAGAGGUUGAAAUGGCUGUGUUCUGAGAGGGUAAUGCAGGUUUGGGUUAAGCCAAGAGAUAAAAAAAAGUAACUAAGUACAUUUAGUAUACUAGUUUUUAAGAACUUUACUUUAUGUGAGUAAUUCCAUUUUGUGAGACCUUAUACUUUUACAUUUCAGAUGGAAAUAUUGUCCUUUUUACUCCACAACAUUAACUUGACAGCUGUAGUAACUAGUUACUUUAAAAACUAACGUUGUUACAUGCAAAAUAUAAAUAAGAUGCACUGCUAGAGUUUAACCUAGCCAGUGUCAUGAUAGAAAUGUGUAGGCUUCAAAGAUUUUAUUUUAAUAUGCACUCAAUGAUGCAAAUCUCUGUACAUUAAAUCUUUCUCUGUGCUUGAUUUGUAGUGAUUGCUUUAUCAUGGCUUGAUUGGUAAUGCAUUGGACCUCCAGAAGGGGGAACAUGAACAAACCUUCCUCAUUUGUUGUAUUUUAAGUAAAGACAAGUGACGAGUC